CCGCCGCUCAGCCGACCUGCCUGACCAUACACCGCCUUCUUUCACUCGCAGCUCCGCUGAUCUCCAUUUUCUUCAGGCCAGCGUACAGGAAAAGGGGAUUAAACUCGAGGAAAAAUGAAUGAAGAAUACGACGUUAUCGUGCUGGGGACCGGACUCACGGAAUGUAUCCUGUCGGGGAUCAUGUCUGUGAAGGGGAAGAAAGUCCUCCAUAUGGACCGGAACUCUUAUUAUGGGGGAGACAGUGCCUCCAUUACCCCUCUGGAGGAUCUGUUCAAACGUUUCAGUCUACCUGGCAGCCCACCUGAGUCAAUGGGAAAAGGCCGUGACUGGAACGUUGACCUCAUCCCUAAGUUCCUCAUGGCUAACGGUCAGCUGGUUCGUAUGCUGCUGAUCACACAGGUGACACGUUACCUGGACUUCAAAGUGAUCGAGGGAAGCUUCGUCUACAAGAAGGGUGGCAUCUACAAGGUGCCCUCCACUGAGACUGAAGCUCUAGCUUCUAGUCUCAUGGGGCUGUUUGAGAAGAGGAGGUUCAGAAAGUUUCUGGUUUUUGUUGCCAACUUCGAUGAGAACGACCCAAAGACCAUGGAGGGUGUCGACCCUAAGAAGACCACAAUGCGUGAGGUUUACAAGAAAUUUGACUUGGGCCAAGACGUCAUUGACUUCACAGGCCACGCCAUUGCCCUCUAUCGUACAGACGAUUAUCUGGAUCAGCCCUGUAUAGAGACGAUAAACAGAGUUAAGUUGUACAGUGAGUCCUUGGCCAGAUAUGGGAAGAGCCCAUACCUGUACCCCCUGUAUGGUCUUGGAGAACUCCCCCAGGGUUUUGCCAGAUUAAGUGCCAUCUAUGGAGGAACUUACAUGCUGAACAAGCCAAUUGAAGAAAUCAUCUUUGAGAACGGCAAAGUAGUGGGUGUGAAAUCCGAGGGAGAGAUUGCCCGCUGUAAGCAGCUGAUUUGCGACCCCAGCUAUGUCUCAGAUCGUGCCAAGGUGGUGGGCAAGGUGAUCAGAGUCAUCUGCAUCUUGAGUCACCCGAUCAAGAGCACCUCAGAUGCCAAUUCCUGCCAGAUCAUCAUCCCCCAGAACCAGGUCAACAGGAAGCACGAUAUCUAUGUGUGCAUGAUCUCAUAUGCACACAAUGUGGCAGCCCAGGGUAAAUACAUUGCCAUUGUCAGCACCACUGUGGAAACUAACGACCCUGAGAAAGAGAUCAAGCCAGCCCUGGACCUCCUGGAACCUAUCGAGCAAAAGUUUGUGAGCAUCAGUGAUCUGUAUGCUCCAACUGAUGUCGGAGCUGAGAGCCAGGUCUUCAUCUCCCGCUCCUACGACGCCACAACUCACUUCGAGACAACUUGUGAUGACAUCAAAGACAUCUACAAGCGCAUGACCGGCACAGACUUUGACUUUGCUGAGAUGGAGCGCAAGAAGAACGACAUCUUCGGCGAUGGGGCCGACCAGUAAUGAGGCAGAGAUCACUGUUGAAUAUCAGAUAUUCAGAGGAUGGUAAAUCUUUAAGAAACAAAAGAAAAAUUGAAAAAAAAGAAAAAAAGGUAACCAAAAUGGGCUAGAUGAUGAUGAUGAUUUCAAGUAUAUGUUUUUGCCCGUAAAGGAAUUUCAUGUAUACCGUUACAAAUUUAGCAUUUAAAGGGGGGAGAAGGGUCUGGCGGUCUGCUUUGUAUAAUCAGGUUGAGAGACAUUGCACUGAUUGUUGGUCGACGUCCUGUAUCUGGUUGCCAUCAUGUCAUUGUGUUGUCACCCUGCUCAGACAGGGAGGAUGUUUAGUCCAAAGAUGCCAAAUGAUCAGAUCUUUCUCAAUUGAUAUAAAGGCACAGGUAACAGACAGUACUUAAACAAAGAAAAACGCAAAGUAUUUUUUAUAAUUAUGUGCAAAAACUCAGACGGCCUCUCGAGCAGAAGUGUGUAGGAGACGGAAAAACUGUAACAUUAAUGAGCUGGUAAGGCAGAAGAAAUCCUCAAAUAAUUUUAAGCCGCACUCACCAACUGAGUUGAAUUGAUGCAUUGUGUUUUACUACAGAUUGGUGCUUUAACUAGUUACUGAACUGUAGCUAGCAACGUAUGUCCUAACCUUGCUUUGCAAAUGUAAGGGAAGUAUCAAGCACAUGAAAUGUAUAUAAUCUUCUUCUCCUUCAAGUAUUGCUCAUUCAGCCUCUGAUUAUAUACACAUUUUUUGCUAAAAAGACAAAUGAGAAAACUGCAUUAAUUUGACAUAACUGACCUUUUAGCUGUAAAUUGUGCGGCUGAAAAUUGGAAGGACGGAGCUUGGGGCUUUUCCAGCAAUUGCCUUUACAUCUCUGUUGUGAGGGGCAGUGCUUGAUUCUCAGGCCAUUUGGUCAGAGGCUGGCACAUGUCAACGGGAAAGCUACUUAACCGUAUAAGUCUGUGAGAGCUGCUUUGAACACUGUGCUUUAGAGGAACUGUCUCUCUGGCUGGUUUUGGUUGCAGAGAGAGAAGCUCUUAAAAGCAGAUGAGAAAAGUGGCCUAGUUCUGCUUUAUAUCUCUGUUGCGUUAGUAAGGACCAAAUGUCUGCUGCAGUAUUGACAUGACGGGGGCCCUGUGCGAAAUGUCAUCAGUGUUUUAAACAACCAAGAACUGUGCUGAGCAAAAUGGGGCUUAAAUGAUUUCUGUACUGCGAAGUAAAAUGUUAUCUUGUGAAAA